UAUGUAUCAGUUAAUUUUAUACAAUUUUUAAGAAUCCCGCUUCAUUUUCUUACACAUUAGUUUAGCUUGAAUCAUAAAUCAACCUUUCAGAAACCAAAUGCCUCUAUUGGCGGUCCUUGGACGCGCUGGAAGCUCAGUAAAUCAAAUCUCGAAUCGCUUCACGGAAUAGUACUCCCUAGGCGUGCGUACGCGACACCUUCUUUCCGUGAUGGGGUGCGCGAGCCGGCCUUUCCAGACUGCGCCGAGGGUGCGCGCAGAAAGAUGUGCGCGUGCCCCUAUAAAAGGCGACGGCGCCCAGCUACUGGUACCACUUUCUAAAGCACCCUCGUAGCCGCAACCAGCCUUCCACAACUCACAGAAAUGCAGCGUUGGUCCGCCAGUAGCAGUGCCGACGACUCGGACAGCAGCGAAGACACAAAGCGCCAGCAGGACGAGCGUCCCAAGCGCCGGCAGCGCGUCAAGCGACGCAACGCGCCACGCAACGUCGCCAGUGAUUCUAGUGAUAACUCGGCGGCGUCUGCUUCUACUGCUGCUACUCCAGAAACUGAUGAGAACUCAAAAUCCAAUCAAGCACCUGCAAAAGAAGCUCAAUCGCGAUGGUCACCGUUCAAGAACGCACUGCGCAUGCUCUCCCUUUCCAACUCUCGUGAGUCCAAGCCCAAGAGUGAGAGUAAGAAGAUCCUCCGUUCGCCUGUGGCGUACGUCUACGUGAAAGGGCCGUCAGGUCUUCCGACGCAACGCGUGCCUCUCGGCGCCUCAAACUUCACCGAUUUUUGCUGCGUGCAGCGUUCAGUGGCUCUGCGAGCCCUGCUGCUCGAGCCUUAAACCAAAUUUGUGACCACUAGUCCGUUUUUGUGAUAACUAAAGAGCGUGACUCGCUAGGCUUGAAGAAAAUAGUCCAUUAAACAAAUAUUCAGGUUCCACAAAAUUUCUCAACUUGUAAUUAAUUGUAUCUAUUUUCCUCAAGCCUCAGCAGUGAUUUAUAUCAAUGGUGCCUGAAUGUUGAAAGUGAUAUCCUGUUCUCAAAGAUAUCUCAUACGCAUCAGAUUUCUGUAUUGGAUAUUUUGUAUAUCUCUCUGUGUCCACGAAAAGCGGAGUGUUGAUUGAAACGACGUAGAUAGAAUACACACUGAUUUUUGUAAAAUAUGUCAGUUUGUGGGAUAUAAUUUUUAAAUAUUGUUGUACGUUUGCAAACUUAUCUUCAAAUACACAUUCUUUUACUGUGCUGGGCACAUAUAAACUAUUAUUAGUUAUUAGUGAAUGUCUGGGCACAACUUUGUGAUGUUAUAUCAACAAGUAAUAAAACACUAUUUUCAAAUGA